GACAAAGAGGGGUCAUCCACGGGGACAUAAGUGAUUCCAGCAACGCGAGCCGCGCGGAAGCCGGGAGGGUUCCCAAGUUCAAUGGCCCUCGGUAAGAAAAGAAGCUCGGCAUUCAUGCAGGAAAAAAAGGGACUUCCGCACAACUGGAUGGUUCCACACAACGGGGUGAGGCGGGGUGGAUUCGCCCCCUCAGAAUAGCAGUGGUCCUUGCUGUCCGAGAAACCCACGGACAGCGAGGAGUGGGGAGGCCAGUGAACGACUACACACGAUUCUGACGGUCAUGCUCUCGGCGAAAAUGUUGCCCCUCCUAGUGGUCGUGGCGGCGGCCAUGGCCAGCACUGGGUCCACGGCGGAUUCGGUGGCUUUCAAGGAUUGCGGACAUGGAAAUGUGAGGAGAGUGAAAAUACUAGGCUGCAAGAAACAGCCGUGCCACGUCAAGAUUGGCUCAAGAGUGACCUUCGAGGCUUCGUUCGUCGCACCGUUCACCACCUCUUCGGCGGUCAACGAGAUCGGAGCGUACAUCGAGCGACACCGAUUUCAGCUCCCGGAGCCGCACGUCGACGCCUGCACCAGCGGCCACAUCAGCCCUUCGUGUCCCAUGAGUAAAGGCCACGUGUACACCUACCGCUACACACUGCCGGUCCGGGAGAUCUAUCCUGCGACGCCGGCAACAAUUGAAUACAAGCUGGUCACUCAAGAAGGUAAGGUCGUCGGGUGCAGCCACGUUCCUGUCGUGAUCUUCAGAUGAUGGGAGGCGGUCUCAUCAAAUAUUCAACGCAGUGAAGUUCAUGUAGUUAUUAUGACUAUCGUUUGAAUAAAUAUGAAUGCAGUUGAAGCCUCUGUUUGUUCAAUUUUGUAAAUACCAUGAACUACAGCUGCUGCUACUCAGUUUCGGUUUCUGUUGUAAACAAUGACGAGCAACAAUUCGAGCCAAUCCAAAAGCGACCAAUCGAUACGGCCGCCACAAGAUGGCAACACCGUCCUUGCAAAACAUGAGCAGCGAAAUAACAAACAUAAGUAACAGUAGCACAACAACGACAAAUAGGAGACAAAAGGCAGCAGCGGGAAUGCUAACGAUAGACGACAAGGCGCAGGCUUGUGACCCGCUGAACAAAGGUGCGUCGAAAAAGCAAGGAGCCGAUGCGUACGCGGUGCAUUCGACCGGAGUCGUCAAGAUGAUGCGCAAACGAAGUAGCGAGCCCGUCGAAUUCUGUGCGGACGCGGGCUUCGGCGGCUGCGGUAGCGGCAGCGGCGUGGUCACCAAACGCAAGUUUACGGCCCACUUGAAGUUUGCAGACAUUGAUGCAGCCAUGCUUCAGUGGGUUUUGGAGAAGACAUCGGAGAAGGUUCCGCUCUCUGACAGUGCCAUACAGGCGAAAGCCAAACAACUUGCACAGGUCUUGGGCACCACGGACUUCAAAGCGUCCAAUGGCUGGCUGUACAAGUUCAAGGAGAGGCACGGCUUCGCGCUCAAGAGCGGUUCCAAAGAGGAGGGAAGUCGUGGCACGCUCGAGGACAUGGGCGCAGGUGUCUGUGGUCUGGGCAACUACCACCACGCGCUUCUUGACCACGACCCCGUCCGUGUUUACAGCUGCUGCGAGACGUCCAUUCUUUACAAGAGAGCACCAUUCGGCAACGGCUGCGAGCCGAGCCCCGAAAGCUGUUCGCCCGACGACCGGCUCACGGUGCUGCUGUGCUGCAACGCCAGUGGCACGCACAAGAUCAAGCCGCUGGUUAUCAACAGCCAGCGCGAGACUCAGGAAGUGCGUGACAACAUGACCAAGUUGCCCGUCACAUACGCCUGGCAGCGGUCAUCUUUCAUGACAAGCAACAUCUUCCAGCAGUGGCUCUGGGAGUUCGAGAAGCAGGUGGAGCACAACUCCGUGCUCAUCCUAGAUACGUGCCCGGCUCACGUGAGCGUUCAGUCGGACCGUGUCAAGUUGCUCUACGUGCAGUCCAACAUGCGCGAGCUGCAGCCUCUCUACGGAGGCGUCCUAAAUCUUUUCAAGUGCAAGUACAGGGCUGACCUGGUGGUACACUAUCUCAAUUUCCCCGACCUGAGCAAUCGGAUCUCCAUUCUGGAUGCCCUGCUCCUUCUGGGUGAGGCUUGGAGCCACGUACCGCGCGAGACCAUCGUCAACUGCUGGGUGCGUUCGCAGCUGCUGCCAGUUCGCAUGUGCGCUGGUCGCUCACAGAAUGGCGAGAGUGACCCCAUGGACCAGCUGUGCUCGUCACUUAUGAAGGUGCGCCCUGACAUCACGCGCAAGGACGUUGAAGACUACCUGCACUGCGAUGACUCGUGCUCUACAACGUACAGUUUCAGCGAGGAGGCCAUUGAGAGCGCAAAGCCAGGUAUCACCGAGGCACCUCCUCACUCGCAGUACCAGCAUGGUGGCUGUCCUACCAACCUGCGUCCUGGUGAAAUACUGGGUAUGCUUGAUAAAAUGGAGCAUUUUUUCACACACCAGGCACUGACCAGUACCACCGACUUGCUGGCGAUUCACAGCCUUCGAAGCAAAACUAUACAGAUAGCCAGCAAUGACUUUCAGAUUGAGUGAUUCACGGUCUUCCUUCCUUUUUGAUCCAGCCAGCUUGUUUUUUGACGAGGUAGCUGAAGUUACGAUGUAGAAUGGUCUGUGCAGACAUGCCCCCCAGGCGUUGCCGGGUCUCCUUAGCAUUUAGCAUUUCUCAAUAGCCCAGCGAAUGUCACCUGUACUUGCUGAUGCUGAUAGGCGACACUUAGUGUCACUUGCACAGGUGGCUUGCAUGUGACUUCACACAAACCAUAUUGGAGCACCAUGUGACACCACUACUAGAUUAUGUAUAAUGUGCCGCUUGUGAUGUCAGUGGUCUUCCCAACAUGGCUGCCGUAAUGUCUGUGCAAGUCAUCUGUUGUCAUUCAUGUUGACUACUUAGGUAAGGAUGAACCCUAUUCCAACCAUGGAGCCUGUGUUCAACAUAGUCAGGGUAGCAUCAAUACCUGGUAUAUAUGGUGUAGUAAAUAUGCAAGUGUAGAUGAUCUAGGCCUCAUGAUGAGCUUUUUCCUCCAAGGGGCAUCAAAGCCAUUGAAAACUGCACUCAGUUGUUGCAAUCACAUGUUAACUCCAUCCAGCUGUAAAAUUCUCUAAAAGCAUAAAGUGUUCUGGACACGAUCUUGUACCUGUUUUAAAGAUGAACUAAAGGUUUGGCAGCACGCAUUUGGUUGAGACUCGCGCUAAUAUCAGCCAUUCCUCUAUCCUUGCCUAUCACGCGUGGCCAAAACGCUCAUUUGUUUUUAGAAUGGGUUCAAGAGUGCAACCCUGGACAACUGAGACAAGCAAGCACUACUGACAGAAUUUCAUGUUUUGAUAUAUGUAAGUGAACAUUUUACAUGUCUGCUGUAUCAGUGGUAAUGUCUUGGCAAGUAAGACCAUAGAGGCUAUGCAAUGCAGGAAAAAAAUAUCCCGUCAUUGAACUGUACAACGAUGAUUUAGUAACUUCAAGAGGUACAGUCACUCAUGUUUUUCUUUGCCCCAUUCUGGUCUUACAUGCUUUCAGCCAGCUUAGUUUAUCCUCAAACAAGAAAGCCCAUUUGCUCAAAACCUGAGCACCUGCUGUAGCCAUAUACUUUCAGCAAGUCUGCCACUAAAAGCAAUUCAGUACUGUUCAUUCCAGUAUAAAUUUUUCUGUUUUAGAGUAAGAACGUGGUGUGUUCUUUUACCAAAAAUUGUUUGAGCUGGGGGGUACCGGGGGAAGCUGCAUCGGCUCCAUUUUGAUGUGUCUGCAUAAAUAGCGCAUAAUUAGUGCUAAAUGACAUUAAUUUUCCAGACAUUAUUGUAAAUUAACUAAAGGUUUGUUCAAAGGAUGAGCAUGUCCGUUGUUUACUUUUUUUUUAAAUAGUGCCUGUAGCUCAUCAGUACGUUAUAUUUUACCAUAAAAUGGCACGACGCUCAUUGGACAUUGCUGCUGCUCUGAAUUAUUUUAACAAUGAGAGAAUUGUUGUAAUGUGUAUUAUGAGCGAACAGUUAAGUUUGCAGACAGUACGCAUGCCUAAGCUGCAUACACAUUGUACCAAGCACGUUUUAGCAGCCAAUAAUCUUCUGAAUUUUUAUUUUUUACUGUUCACCUUUUCAUUGACUCUUAGUGUCAUUCCAACUGCCCAAUAUUAUAUUGAGGAAGUAGAAGAGGCAGCUGUUGAAGCAUAUGCACUUUUUUUUUCUUUUUUGUCAAAUGAGCAUUUCAGCCAGGUAUCAAUUAAUGCCAGGACCAUGCCACUAAGUAUUAUUUUUGUAGUCCUUGUAAGUUCCUAUUGUUUACACCAAUGAGUUGUCACUCAUAUAACCACAUGCAUUUUACAUCCAUAUUGAUCCCCUUCUCUAUCUUUUUUGUACGCGUUCCUAUGUUUGUUUUUAAAAUGACUAGCGUGCACAUUUUGUUCUCUUGUGGCAUUAUUAUACAAUGUUCCUCAUUUUACCAUGGUUUUUAUGUGCACAGUCGUAUUUGUGUUGUAAUGAUGAAUGUUCUUUUGUUAAACCACUCUUUUUUUUUUUUUUCGUGUGAAUGAUUAUUGUACUUUCAAGUUUACUUUCACUGUGUAAAGUACACAGCUCUGAGACAAGAAUGCAUGUUGCAGAUCGCAAGACUGCUUAAUGAUAUGGCAGCAAGAGGAUAUGACUGCUACAUAUUAUGUUUGCAGGUGAUAGGCUAACAACAAACAUCUCACAUCAAAGCGUAUUGCUUGUAAACUGUAUAUAACGUCCUAAAUACCAAAAUCUAUGCAGGAACUCAAGUACGACAUUUUAGCAUUACCGAGCAGCAACGUGUAAGAAAGAAGUCACGCAAAGGUGUCAUGUUAGCGGCAUUUUGCGUGCAUGUAGUUUUUCAUAUAGAAUUUACAGCAUUUAGAGAGUAGUUAUCUAUGCAGUUUUAUGUGUUGUUCUGACCCACACAAAUUUACAUGAUCUGUGGGCACAGCUUACUAUGCUGAGCUACACCGAACAUCGAAAAAAAAAAAAAAAACUGACAAACCUGUUUAAUGCUCUUGCAUUGUGCAACAACACAUGCUAGUUUUUUAGAGUAGGUUUUUGCAGUAGGCACACCUAGUGCCUCUAAAGGACUGUCCAGAAUCAUGCACUACACAUAUCAUUCUAUCGAUGACAAGCUUUUGCUGUUUUUAUUUCUUUACGAGAACAUAUCAAAAAUAUCGCUUUCAACUUGAACUUGGUGUGCUUAUAUAGAUGAAAGAUUGCUUGCUGAAUUUAUUCUUUUAAUGAAUAUCUUGCACUUUAAUUUGUUUGAUGGCAUAUGCUGCAUUUUAAAUUCUCUAGCUGUGUAUUGCAUUACAAACUGACCACGCACCAGCUGUGGUGCAUGUGAUGCCUUGUGUGCUGCGCAAAUAAGCGCACUGCUGUUUUAUGCAAGGUCUACAAGCAUGGAACAAAAUGUAUUUCCUUCUUGAGUAGUCAUGUUUGUAUUCAUAGGUUAUCUUUUGUUGCAUUUCUGUGUAACAUACUUGUAGUGUUCUCAGUGCACCAAAUAUUUUACUCUUGUUUACUUGGAGGUCACACAGUGUUCAUAUCUUAGCUGUCACAGUUUUUUUAUCAUCCACGAUUAUUCCACCUGAGCGAUGAUUUCAAGCAGGAACUUUUUCCUGUAGAAGCAUUCUUAUUUUUUUUUUAAGUUACAAGCUUGUUCGGGGUACUGAGAGAAAAAACAAUUACGAUGUGUUUUGUUUCCUUAUGCAAACAUUUCUUCAUUUUGCCCAUUGUUACUUGCUCGCUGCUACCAAAGAAGUGGUCAAACACUACAGGGGCAUCAUUGGGCAUAACCUUCAUGUCAGAACGUUUUAAGACAUGUAGUAUUCAUGUGUGCUUUGCAUUGUUGGCUUAGCAUGUCGACAUUGCAAAAUUUUGUUUCCUACUAGACACGUUAAGUGCAAACUUGUGUCGCAUUGUAUGUACAAAAAAUAUGUGGCCGCAUUACAUGUCAAGCAUAUAUCUGCAAAUGCAGAGCCAAAUCAAAACUUCGUCUGAACAUUGUGGAUGUGCAGAACUUGUGCUUUCCUAUUGAGUUGUGCUUUGGGUAUGUAGUGGAGGUAUACAUUAUGUGCAAAAGGGGAGGUAGAUGAUUGAUCCCUCUGCUCCACAUUUUCAUUGACAUGAAUUGCCUCGAAACACUCUUCAUAGUUCAGAUGGCGCACGAACAGCAGAUGUUAAAUUUAGCUAUAUAAUUAUUGAUAGACAAUAUAAAAUUUUCUGAAUGAUAAAUUGGAGCCUCAAUUUUAAACUGUCAAGCUGUUAUUUGUUGAAAGCCACUAAAUUCAUUGCAUUUUUGAUACUGUGCAAUUGAUAGCUGGUAGGUUGUAUUUCUUAACAGCAACGUGAAGCUAAAGUCUGACCAAGUAGCGAUUUUCUUUCAGUUGCUUGCCUCUAACAUAAUAAAUGUUGCCUUUGUAUUGGAGCACAACAGUUAGGAGGCUAUUUUUACUAUCUCAAUGUACUGGGCACGUGCUCAUAUUCACCUAUACUUAACAUGCGCCCAACAUGUGAAUAAUUGAAGAUAACUUCACUUGUGUCUUUACCACAGCAAAUUCUUGGUUUAUCAUCUCAGCAGGAAAUUGACAAGAAUGAAUUUUCCUUACAUUCGUCACUGCAAUUAAACAUUUGCAUAACAUUUACCUUUCAUAAAGUAGCCUUAAUGGAAGGGUGUGAAAUUUGAUGUACAUUCCAAAAUAUGCACUCUGACCAACAGUGACAGCUCUUUCUGAACUUGAAAUGAGUUGCAUAAAUGUUGAGAGGCAGCCUCACCUCCCUUCCCCCCCCCCCCUUUUUUUUAGCACCCCCAGUAGCUGCUCAUUCUGCAGCACUACUACAAAGACGAAUCAAAGUUCUGAGCUUUGGAUAAAAACCUCUGGCCUUAGUAUGAUAAGCUAGCAAUCUGCCAGUAGGGUUGCUGUGGAUUUUAGUGUGCUUGUGAGACUUGAUGCUGCUGUCUUGUGUGCUGUAAAGAGUAAGCGAUGGCUUCACAAAGCUUGUACUUUGAUGUGGUAGUUGAGAGUGGUUUGUUAGAAGUCGACUUAGCCAGAGACUGUAGAAGGACAUUUAGCAGCUGGAAAAUGUGUGCCAAAUUGUUUUUGUGCCGUUUGGGUACAAGUUACCAUUCCUAGCCCUGCAUGUUUUAUGCAGACUGUACUGUACAUAGCAGUCAUUGCCUACCGUAGCUUGUGAAGCGUGUAUACUCUAUGCAUAGCCAAGGUCUGUGUGACAUACAUGUUAGUUUUGUUUGCCUUGUGCAUCUUUAACUGGCUCGCUUUUGAGAAAGUCCAGAUGAGCAGUCACACACUCUGUUCUUGCCCUCCGUUAAAUGCACUAGUGUUCAUUUUCCUCACUUGGGAGAAAAAAAGGCACUUUAAUCAAGUGCAUCCAUUGCAUGCAGUACUUUGUUUUAUGUGCAUUUUGCUUCCAUGUACUUUGAAUUUAAUCAAGUGCAUCCAUUGCAUGCAGUACUUUGUUUUAUGUGCUUCCAUGUACUUUGAAUGUGUUCAAAAAUAUUGACACUGGCCUAGGUGCACAAAAACCAAAAAGAAGACUUUCCCAAGCCUGACAAAGCCAAGCUUUGAUAUAAGAUUGAUACCUCAAUAUCCAAAUUUAUGCUUGAUGAAACUUGCUGUAAGGGCCAUUACAGCAUAUUUGAUAGGCUGGAGGAGCUAAGUUGUAAGUAGCACAUUAAACUGUUUCUGAAAAAUUAUUAUAAAUACCUUUUUUUUCCUCCUGUGAGGGAAGGAUGCACAAGUAUGCUUUAUACGGUCAGAUAUAAAGUUGAAUAACUUGCUUAUAAUCUUCUGUAAUGUGUAUGGUGUUUGGGCUUUUUAGAGGCAAGCUUGCAGAACUCCUGUGCUUUGCGAGUCAGUUAUGAAGUGUGGUUACAGUACGAAAUUGCUUGUACAUAGGAAGUUUCCAUUAACAUCUAAUUGUUGGGUGCAAAAGCAAGAGAUGAGCCACCAAUCAAAUGUCCUUGACCUCUUUUUCUUUACAUGUAUUUGGUUAUUUGCUACAUCUUUACUUUUGAUAGUUGCUGUCAUCUGGUCAGCCUUGUAUAGAGAACAAAAUGUUAGUUCUCAUCAGUAGCUGUAGAGCUUAAAAAAUAAUAGCCAUCUACAUUCAACCCAAAAAAGGCCUGCCUAUUGAUGCUGGGCAUCAACACAAAAUAUGCAAUUUAGCAUUUUUUAAUAAAAGCCAUUUAAUGCAGCAACUGCAUGCAAACAGAAAGGACUGCUGCAAUUCCUUCCUGUUGUUAAGACUGCAGCUUGGUAAAUAAGGUGGAAUACACACAUUCAAAGUGUUGGCGUUUCAGAUGUCAAGCAAUACAUCUUUACCACUGCUGUAUGUAUGAAGGCUUCGUGCAAAGGAAACAGUUCAUUGAACUUGUACAUCUGUUCAAAAUGAAGCCUUAGAAUUAACUUGUGGGGCACCUUUUUAAACUACUCUGCAUGGGCACGUGCAGUAUCGUACACUUUUGGGAGAAACGCUUCAUAGUAUUCAGUC